UGCAAUUUACAUGUCAUGGUCCCUUUUGACCAUCUCUACCCUCUCUAUCAGCCUUUCCGGUCUGAUUGAUUCUUCUUCUUCUGAAGUUUUCUUAUCGGUUUAAUUGAGCCAUCAUUCUAGCUGCAGGAGUCAGGAGGAUUUGGGGAUUUAGCCUCUACUCUCUGAAGCUUGACUUUCUCUCUGCAUCCCUCAUCCAGUCAGCCUCCUUCAUUGAAUUCGCUACCACCAUUGAGCCAAGAAACGUUAUUCUUGAAUCUUGACACGAGUAUGAAAUGUCAGCUAAAAGCCUGAAAGUGUAGAGUAAUUGGAGAUAAGAGUCGGAUAGUCUUUAGAGGUUCAGGGUUCUGCUAAAGUAAUAGACAACGAUGGCUGAUGAGGAUAGAAACCUAGUGGAAAUUUUGGAGGAGCAUACCGAGAUUGACAUUGCGAAAUAUAUCAAUUAUGUAAGUGCCCCAGAGGCAGGUGCUAUUGCAACGUUUUCUGGUACCACGCGCGACACCUUUGAUGGAAAAGCAGUCUUGGAGUUGAGAUAUGAAGCAUAUGUUCCCAUGGCAAUACGAUGCAUGAAAUCCAUUUGUUCAUCUGCUAGAUCCUCCUGGAAUCUUGUCUCCAUUGCAGUUGCCCACCGCCUUGGCCCAGUUCCUGUUGGUAAAACGAGUGUUUUCAUUGCAGUCUCAUCUGUUCAUCGAGUUGAUUCAUUAGAUGCUUGUAAGUUUAUAAUUGAUGAGAUAAAGGCGUCAGUUCCAAUAUGGAAGAAGGAGGUAUAUACUAAUGGAGAGGUUUGGAAGGAGAACUCAGAGUUCUUGGAGAGGAGGUUGGAUCUCGGCAAAAAAGAAGGCAUAUGUAAUGAGAGAGACUUUGAAGCACAAAGACAUAUUAGGAAGAGCUGCUGUGGUGCUAAGGUAAAGGUUGUAGAAGAAGGAGAUUCUGUAAUUAGCAAACAUGAAGCUCACCAAGAUUUGUAAGAAAACAUUACCCUUUCUUGGAAAAGAGAUAACAGUUCAUCAUCAAUAGACCUAUUGAAGAGGAAUAUUUGGAAUAAAGCGUGAUCAAAAGUCUCAAAUGGAGGAUUCUAAAAUCAGAAGAGUUGUGAAGUUCCCCCAAUAUUCAUUAAAUCCUUUUUCCUUGUUGUAUAAGAAUCUUAAUGUUGCAAUGAAGCUGAGUUGUAGACUCUGGUUUCGUGCAUAUUUCAACUUCUUGAAUGCGACGCUUGGAGCAAGCAUAAGAAAUUUUUACUUGACAUUCUUUAUUCAGGGCAGAUGUGUGAAUGCACUUCUUUCCUUAUACUCAAGUAACCCCCAAUUUAAGUUCUGUUAAGUGCACACCUCAUGUAUUUCGAGUAUUAUCCGCAGAACUCAU